AAAAAUCAAUUAGUCUAUUUUUUACAUAUGAAUAAGUCGUAGAAUAAUCCAUGGAUUGCCAUGGCACAGGAUCUAACUAAGGAUUUCAUCUUUGCGCAAGUCAAAUACUUUCCCGGGCACAGAGGAGAGGUGAACUGUUGCGCAUUCUCGCCCGACUGUCAGCUGGUGCUCACAUGCUCAGAUGAUGGACGCCUUUACCUGUGGAAACUGUCUAACGGGAAGCUCGUGGCCAAAGUACACGGUCACACAGGGCCGGUAAAGUUUUGCACUUUUUCCCAGGAUGGCUGUCAGUUUGCGAGCGCAUCACAUGACUGUACUGCACGUGUCUGGAGCACAAGACCCAUCCAGUGUGUCCAGAUUUUAAAAGGUCACCAGAAGAGCGUUGACACAGUGUCCUUCAGUCCUGAUGGGCAAACCCUUGUAUCAGGGGGGUGGGACAACAUCGUACUGCUGUGGGACAUCCAGACUGGGCUCAAACAGAGGCAGUUUUGUGGACACAGUGCUGCUGUUCAGAGCAGUGCAUUCUCCACAGAUUCACAGUGGCUGGCCACAGGCUCAUGGGAUCACACUGUGAACGUGUGGCGUCUCAGUGGCGAUGAGGAAGCCGUGACCUUAACAGGUCAUCAGGGGAAUGUGGCCUGCCUCUGCUUCUCCCACACGGGGCUGUUGGCAUCCGGUUCUUGGGAUGGAACAGUGCAUGUGUGGUCACUGCAGAGCUAUGAGUGUGUGUUCGUGCUGGGUGGGGGUGAGCGUGUGUGGGUGAGGUGUGUGGCUUUCUCUAGAGACGGAUCAGUACUAGCAUCCACUGCCGAAGGGGAUAAGGUUAAAGUCUGGGCCAUGGCAGAUGGAAGGUGUGUAAAGUGUUUACAGGGGCAUAAGGACUCAGCAUACGGGUGUGUCUUCAGCCCUAGUGGUGCCUUGCUCACCAGUGGCUCUGAUCAGCUAGAUCUGGGGGAGGAGGAAAACAGUGAUGAUGAUGAUGAUGAUGAUGAUGAUGAGGAAGAAAUCAGCAACCGAGAGAAAAGACAAAACAAACUAAAAAUUACACACUGCAAAUUUUUUGGGAAAUAGAAAGCUGACAGCAUUUCUGUACAAACAGUUUUCUCUUUAUUAUUGGUUCCUUUUUUGUUGGAUAGUUUAGAUGAAAUAUUCUUUACAGUUAUAUUUAGUUUUUUUCUUUCACAGUGGUGUAGUAGUUAGCACUAGUAGUUAGUCGCCUUGCACCUUCAGGGUCCGGGUUCCGUCGAACGGAAGGGGGACGAUUCCAGUCUCUAUGCAUGGAGUUUGCAUGUUCUCCGCGUGCUUGGUGGGUUUCUUCCGGGUACUCUGGUUUUCUCCCACAGUCCAAAGACAUGCAGAUUAGGGUAAUUUACUUUCCCAAAUUGCCCGUAGUGUGGUUAGCUCUGGGCCCCUGCGACCCUGA